CAAAAUUUGUCGAAGCUUUUGUAUACUCAGAGUCUAGACAUAAUUAUUUUUUGUCCAGUAUGGAUAUGGAUCCUAACGGUCAGAUAAUUUAUUUAUCUACAAAUCAUGGUAUAUUUGGAAUAAAAGAUACCCGUGAACCGAUAGAAACUUUUACGGAAUAUAAAUUACAUGAACAUAAAAUUGGAUGCAUUUCGAUCAAUAAAAUUCAUCCUCAAUAUCUUGUCACAUCAUCUUUGGAUAGAACUAUGUGUCUUUGGGACAUUCGUAAAUUGGAUCCUAAAAAAUCAACCGAAAUUCAAAAAAUUCAGUAUAGCAAUGCAGUUACCAGUGCUUAUUGGAGUCCAAAUGGUAAUCAAGUUGUAUCAUCCAGCUUUGAUGACACGGUGAAAGUGUAUGAUUUUGACGAGCAAAGUAACUUAAAAGCAAGACACCAAAUUCCUCAUAACAACAGAACGGGAAGGCAAGUUUUAUAG